AUGGGAUACAUCCAGAAGGACGGUGAGAAGAUGAUGUGGAGGGACGAGUUAGGAGAACCCGGCAAUCUGGAGGCGUCCAAAAUAAAGGGAGACGUAUGCGAACGGAUGAACCACACGAUGGUCUUCUUAACGCAUGUGCCGUCCAACGAAAUGGACUGUCAGUUGCUAUCCCUAUCCGGUCAUCCGAAACAAAGCUACAUUGAGGUUAAUAUCAAUAGUGCAGAAGAAGACGGAAAAUCGGUGAACGUGACAGAAUUUGUGAAAAAGUUGUAUCAUUUUUUCUCAAAAACAACGAAGCAGAAACGGAGGAAGAGGGGACCUGUAGUUGGUAACGUGACGCAACACGUAGCCAUUGCAUUCGCUGUCGACAUUUACGAAAAUGGACAGCUCAGCGAAUGGCGAACCGCAUAUGAUGAGAUGAAUACGCUAAAGAAAAUUGAGAAAAGCAUUUGUCCCGCGCUCACCCGCUGGUCUAAAAAAGCCAUGAAACGAAUUAAUUUGAAGCCUACUUGCACUUUUUAUGGGCCAAGUGGAAGAAUACCCCUUGGACACUUUCGUUUGGAAUUCAGGUCGGAUACUAAACAUAUUCUGAAUCAGGAGACGGUCGUUAUGAGUUUCAAAACUACACCUGCUAUUCCGGGGAGCAUUUACAACAUUGGUGAAUCUCGCUUCCACUUUCAAAUCUUGAAGCCAUGCACGCCAACGGGAACGAACGAGACGGAGGAGACAGAAGCGACCGACGAGAAGGAAACAGGUGUGUUUGCUACUUUCAAUUGCUUAACUUCGGCCACUCAUGCUCAAUUUGUUUAG